GGUUGUUUAUGCUCCCUCUCUCUCUCUCUCUCCCCGGCCUGUGCUGCUGCAGCUCGGUGCGGUUCUCACUCGGCGGGGUUUGGGAUUUUAUUCCAGUUUCCGGUUUUGUGGGGAUUUUUUCCGGGUUUGCAGCGCGCGUGAACACAGAGCAGGGCGGAGACACAACAACAACAGUGAGGGGGCGGGGACUGUUUUGGUGGUGUUGGUGUGUUUUGGUGUGUGUGCGUUGGUGGUGUGUGUUGGUGUGUGUUGGUGUGUGUGUGUUGGUGGUGUGUUUUGGUGGUGUUGGUGUGUUUUGGUGUGUGUGUGUUGGUGUGUGUUUUGGUGUGUUGGUGGUGUGUUUUGGUGGUGUUGGUGUGUUUUGGUGUGUGUGUGUUGGUGUGUGUUUUGGUGUGUUGGUGGUGUGUUUUGGUGGUGUUGGUGUGUUUUGGUGUGUUUUGUGAGCGAUGCUGCAGGCUGACAGACAGAAACCCGGCUUCAGUCUGCACAGUUCAGGAAAAACACAAACAUGGAGCUGAAAUUUCCAACCCAGGAGCUUCUGAGGAACUGAGAACAUCUCCACUUCAUCUCCAGCUCAGUUCCACACAGCUCCAGCACAGAGAGGUCACCUGUUCUCCCGUCCCUCAGCCCGUGUCGGCGUCCCUGUGCACUGAUCGCUGUUUGUCGUGGAAGCUCCGUGCCCAGGUGAGGAUGAGGAGCAGUGAGGAGGCAGAGGGUUUCGACGGUGAGGCCUCCAACACAGCGAUGGUGUCGGGGGCGAGCAGUCCGUAUCAGCCCACCACGGAGCCCGUCCUCUCCCGCAGUGUGUUCAGGAGCAUGAGCUGGAACACACACUACCUCACCUCGCACCUCGGCAUCCUGAAGAUCAUCGAAGCGGUUCUGUCCCUCAUUGCGUUUAUCUGCAUUGAGACGGUGAUGAUGUGUUCUCCCUGCGCUGGAGUUUAUCUGUUUGAGUUUGUGAGCUGCAGCUCCUUUGUGGUGACGGGACUCUUACUCCUGCUCUUCAUCCUCAACCUGCACGCCAAACUCACACACAUCAACUGGAGCUUAGUGGACCUGAUUAAUGCUGCGUGCUGUGCGCUGUUCUUCUUCAUCGCCUCAGUGGUGUUGGCGACACUCAAUCACAAGAGUGGAGCAGAAAUUGCUGCCGUGAUCUUUGGCUUCGUGGUGAUGUUGGUGUACGGUGUGAACACGGGUGUGUGUGUGAGACAGUGGCGUUUAGGAGACCAGCGCCCCCUACAGACCAGUGAAUACACACGCGCCAGGACGGCCUCACGCAGCGACAUGGAGACACGACCUGAAUAACACACACACUCUCUCUCUCUCUCUCACACACACACACACACACACACACACACACACACACACACACACACUCUCAAACACACACACACACACACCAUACUACACACUGCUUAUUAUACAUACUACACGCACACACCAUACUACACACAUUACACACUGCUUAUUAUACACACUACACACACUCCAUACUACACACUACACACACACACUCCAUACUACACACACUCCAUACUACACACACACACACACCAUACUACACACAUUACACACUGCUUAUUAUACACACUACACAUACACUCCAUACUACACACUACACACACUCCACAUUACACUCACUAACUUUUGCACAUUACCCACUCCACACUGUCACCUUCACAGGACCCAGAACGGAUCUGAAGGUUAAUUUGGGACCAAAUGUGUCUUUCUAACUGAUUCAUAAACAUUCAUGGACUAAUUCUGAGGUGUGUGUGUGUGUGUGUGUGUGUACUUCACCUCAAACAUUUGUUUCUGAGUUUUAAAUUCUGCUCUUAAUGUGUUUUUAUUUCUGUAGUUAGCAUCUACAUUUGAGCUAAUCGCUAACACACCGUCCAGUUACUCGCGUUUGUGAUUAAUCAUCCUCUGUGCUCAUCACUGUUUCAGCUCUGAGUGUGUGUCGCUAGUGUUUCAGCUAGCUCGGAGUGUGUGUGUGUGUGUCGCUAGUGUUUCAGCUAGCUUGGAGUGUGUGUGUGUGUGUGUCGCUAGUGUUUCAGCUAGCUUGGAGUGUGUGUGUGUGUGUGUGUGUGUGUGUGUGUGUCGCUAGGGUUUCAGCUAGCUCGGAGUGUGUGUGUUGUAGUGUUUGAGUCACCAGCAUUUAACAUUCCUCACGUGUAUCUGCUAGUGUGUGGAAUAAUUUCUGAAUCUGUGCUAUUAAGGGCUAGUUGCUAGUGUGUAGGCUUGUUAUUCCCACUCGGGCUGUUAGCGCGCACUUGUUCUCCUCAGCAGCGUUAGUGAUGAGUCGGGAACCUCUGGCUGAUUUCUGUGCAGGAAUCAGCUGGUUAUGAGUGUUUGUGUUUAUAGUGUUUUAUAUUCUUCAUGAUCAUCAGUGCUCAUCAUUAGCAUUUCAGCGAGUUGCUGAAUGAAUUCUGAAUAUUUGGACUUGUGUGUGUAAAAGGUUGAAAUUUGUGCUGUUGAGUGCUAAAUGCUAAUGUUUAUGCUGCUGAUGCACACUCGGGCUGUGUGUGAUUCCUGUUAGCGCGGAUCUGCGGGGCUUGUUUUAGCGCUUUGCUCGCUGAUAGCAUUGGUGAGUUUCUAGCUGUUAGCAUCGCGGCUUUUCACUCAUUAGUGAUGAACACAAACACAAAAGAAAUAAAACUCGGAUGUUAAUUAAACAUUCUGUAACUGAAUGAGCAGAAAAUAGCACGAUAUUCAUUUAAAUAAUUUAAUAACCAAAUGAAAAGGUUUUUGAUUUUUUUUUGUUCUGUUUGUUUUUUAUUCUGAAAUUUUGACCACACUCUGUAAAAACCUCUUUAAUCUUUGUGUGAUUUUCUUCUGAAAACAUUCCUUUGGUACUAGGUGUGUGUGUGUGUGUGUGUGUGUGUGUUUAUCCAUUUGAUUGUGUGAUGAGCUCAGUGUUGCAGUGUGUUAUUUCCCCUCGCUGUAGUGUGCACUACUGUAGGAAUCUUCUGCCCCAUCAUACACAGUUUUAUAGAUUUUAAAACAAUAAUGUUUACGUUUAAUCGACUCGCUCUGUCGUCUCUCCACCUCGACUCAAAUUCACACUAAACAUUCUCUCUGUGAUAGAAGACAAAAUUUUGGAAAAAUAAAAGUAAACUGAUAUUUUACUGAACAGAGUGUCGGAGAUUUAAAGUGAAAUUUUGAUGUGAAUAAAUGAGACUCGGAGUUACUAUAAAUGAGACUCUGCGAGUCACUAACGAUCGCGGUUAUCGUUGUUUCGUUAGCGAGUGGUUGUUUGCUAAUAUUUGUGCUGUUAGUGUUUGGAUUAAUCGGCGGCGUUUGUGAUUAGCAGUUAGCCGUGAUUAGCCGUUAGCCGUGAUUAGCAGUUAGCCGUGAUUAGCCGUUAGCUGUGAUUAGCAGUUAGCCGUGAUUAGCCGUUAGCUGUGAUUAGCCUGCUAUACAUAGAGGAGUGGGUGGAGCCAUCGUGUUUAGCUGAAAAGUCCCAAUCAAAAGGAAAAUCAGAUGAAAUUCUGUAGCGCUUUGGUCGCUCGCUCGCGCUCAGUUGUAGUGAUCAGGGUGACUCAGGCCGAGUCGCGAGCGCUUAAACUCGUCACUAGUGUCUGAGCAUUUGGGUAAAUUACAAACAUGAAAUAAAAUUCAGUGAAAUAAUAAAACCAACAUGAAAUCAGGAGAGAUUGAUUGAUUGUUUAAAAUCUUCACUUUUUAAGUUUGAUUUCUGCACUACAAACAUUCAGGUACUAUAAAGUUCACUACAGAGUGUGUAGUGUUAGUGUGUCGUGUUAGUGUGUGAUUUGAGACGGAGCCUGAAUCAGUGUAACUGUAAUAAUUUAAAUAUUUGAAGGAACACUGUGUGAACGUAUCGAAGGACAAUCAAAUGACUGUUUUAAUGGAAGUUUUGUUUCUUGACAUCAGCACUGUGUGUGUGUGUGUGUGUGUGUGUUUAUACUCUGAUUGUGUAAUGAAACUCCUCAGCUGUGAGGUUUUCUAAUAAUGAUAAAUUAAUCUGUGUGAAUAAUGUUGUGGCUGAUGAUUGAUCCCUUUCCCGUGUGAAUGGGGCUGGAAUAAUCCCACACUGGGACGGUUUCAGCAGGAACACAGCUGCACACACAUCUGUAUUUUUGUAUUUAUGGAGCUGUGUUGAUUUACACAAACUCAUUUUACACAAAUCCUCUGUUCGUUUGAGAAAUGAAUAAAUUUGAACUGAAUGCC